CACCACCACCCCCCACCACCACCACGCUCAGGGCCCUCCCUCCCUCCCCGCCACCACUGUCCGUCGGCCGGCUGUGGGGAAGGAAGAAAGGCAUAGAGGAGGCCAAGGCAUGGAUCCGCAGCCCCCUCCACCCGCCCAGGGCAGCCCACCUCACCGUGGCCGGGGCCGGGGCCGGGGCCGUGGCCGAGGCCGGGGUCGAGGCCGAGGCCGGGGCAGGGGGAACGCUGGAGCCCCUCGGGCACCUCUGCCCUGCCCCACCUGUGGUCGCCUUUUCCGCUUCCCAUACUACCUCUCGCGGCAUUGGCUGAGCCACUCGGGCCUGCGACCCCAUGCCUGCCCACUGUGUCCCAAGGCCUUCCGCCGACCUGCCCACCUCUCCCGCCACCUGCGUGGCCACGGGCCCCAGCCCCCGCUGCGCUGUGCUGCCUGCCCCCGCACCUUCCCGGAGCCCGCCCAGCUGCGGCGCCACCUGGCCCAGGAGCACGCGGGCGGCGAGGUCGAGCUGGCUAUUGAGAGGGCAGCCAAGGAGGUAGCCGAGUCCAGCUGGGCUCCCCAGGACGAGGGCACAGAGCAGCCCAGCACGGCCACCACGGGUGCCCCAGAGGAGGCAGCGUGGCCCGAGACGUGGCCCACGGGGGAGCCGGCCACGCUGUCGGCCCCCACGAGCGCCGAGCCCCGGGAGUCGGAGUCAGAGGAGGCCGAGGCCGGGGCAGCGGAGCUGCGGGCCGAGCUGGCUCUGGCGGCGGGGAGGCAGGAAGAGAAGCAGGUCCUGCUCCAGGCCGACUGGACGCUGCUGUGCCUCCGCUGCCGUGAAGCCUUCGCCACCAAGGGCGAGCUCAAGGCGCACCCGUGCCUGCGCCCCGAGGGCGAGCAGGAGGGCGAGGGGGGGCCCCCGCCCCGCCCCAAGCGCCACCAGUGCUCCAUUUGCCUCAAGGCCUUCGCCAGGCCCUGGUCCCUGUCCCGCCACCGGCUGGUCCACUCCACCGACCGCCCCUUUGUGUGCCCGGACUGCGGCCUGGCCUUCCGCCUCGCCUCCUACCUCCGCCAGCACCGCCGCGUGCAUGGCGCUCUCAGCCUGCUGGCCCCGCUGCCCUCCGCGGGCAAGAAGGACGACAAGGCCUCUGGCGGACGGAACUCAGGGAAGGGGCCCGAGGGGGGCGAAGGGGCUGAGUGCGAGGCUGCCCGGGAAGGGGAAGAAGGCGGGCAGAAUGGAGGCGACGCGGCUCCCGCCCGGGCCCCCACCGGGGAGCCCCGUUUCUGGUGCCCAGAGUGUGGCAAAGGUUUCCGGCGCCGGGCGCACCUGCGGCAACAUGGGGUGACCCAUUCAGGGGCGCGCCCCUUCCAGUGCGUGCGCUGCCAGCGCGAGUUCAAGCGGCUGGCUGACCUGGCCCGUCACGCGCAGGUCCACGCAGGGGGCCCAGCCCCGCACCCGUGCCCGCACUGCCCGCGCCGCUUCUCGCGCGCCUACAGCCUUCUUCGCCACCAACGCUGCCACCGCGCGGAGCUGGAGAGGGCAGCUGCGCUGCAGGCACUCCAGGCCCAACUGCCUCUGCCCAUUGCACACAUCAAAGAAGAGCCACCCUCCCCGGGAACCCCACCGCAGUCGUCGCCGGCUCCCCCUGUCUUCCUCAGCGCCUCCUGCUUCGACAGCCAAGACCACUCGGCUUUCGAGAUGGAGGAAGACGAGAUUGACAGCAAGGCGCACCUCUGUGGAUUGGGUGGCCUGGCCUCCUGACCCUCAAACCCACACUUGGCCCCUCCAGUUGCUCCCCCGCCCCCACCC